ACCGUGGGUGAGGCAGGGUGUAGUGUGGUUCAUCACCCUCUCUUACCUAUUAUACCUGACUUUUUAUUUUUAUUUUACGAUUAUAAUAUUAUGAAUACUUUACAUUGAAGAUGAAACUAGUUAAUUUAUAAGUUGUACUUCAUCAAAAGCCAUUUGAUUGUUGUAGUGACUGUGAUGAAAUACAGGUCGCGAUUCAUGUCUUCAAAAACCUUGAUGGAGUGACCUGCUGACCAGCGAAGACGUGGAUGUGUAGGUGGUGAAAACAGGUGUGCGGUACCUCAUGGUUGUCUCCACAGCUAAUAUGCACCUGCAAGGCAGUUUUUAUAUUCUGAAGAAGAGAUGCAAAGUGACGCUCACACAUGACGGCAUCAGCUGGGUACCUGAAGGCAACCCGGAGUGUUAUCGCCAAGUCCGUCCCGCAGAGAUAUUGGGAUGUUGGCUGUGUCCUAAAGCAUCGCUGUCAUGCUGUCAUUACGCCCAUCCUAUCACGCCCACGCCCGGCCACGCCUCUCCCCUGGCCGUCGCUCGAUGCAAACACUCACUCGGCAAGGGCAUGGACUCCGGGCUAACGCUGGAGUACUGUGACCGAGGGCGUGGCUUGAAGUGGAAGUCGAGGACAGUGGUGUUGGUGCACGCGGCCGGAGACGUUGUUGUGACGUGGCAUCAUGCUAUCUGGUCUCUGAUACAAGGUUUAACACUGCGGCCAAGGAAGGUGUUGGUGGUGAUCAACCCUGUAGGUGGGAAGAGACAAGCCCACCAGAUCUACAAACAGAAGGUGGCCCCACUGUUCAGCCGUGCUGCCUUACACACUACUGUUGUACAGACAGAGUACCGGGGUCAUGGGCGGCAGCUGGUGGAGGAUGGUGUGGGUAUGGAGGAGAUGGAUGGUGUGGUGGCUGUGGGUGGUGAUGGUCUGGUGAAUGAGUUGGUGAUGGGGCUGUUGAUGUCGGCAGCUAGGAAGGCAGGAAUUGACCCACACGACCCUGACAUAAUCCUGCCAACUACGCACUUACGGCUGGGCAUCAUUCCAGGUGGCAGCACUGAUGCCAUGUGUCAUGGUACUCACGGCACAAGUGACGUCACUACUGCUGCCCUGCACAUCAUCAUGGGUGAUAGUCGGUGUGUUGAUGUUGCAGCUAUCCAUAGAAAUAAUCAUCUGCAAUCGGUUGCAACUACCAUGGUGUCAUAUGGAUAUUUUGGUGACUUGUUAAAAACCUCGGAACAAUGGCGAAAGCUUGGACCAUCUCGCUACUUGGUAUCUGGAGUAUUACAGUUUUUAAAGAAUCGGUCUUAUGAGGGCCAAUUGAGGGUGUUGACUCCAGCAAACCCAUUAGCUCAGCCUUAUGACAUUAAUAUAUGUAGUCACCAGUGUAGUGUGUGUGAUAAAGCUGCCAUGUCUCUUCCAACACCUGGGGACUGGCUGCAGUUCACUGGUCGAUGGAGUGUCGUGACCUCGGCUCUGGUGUCAUGUGCGUGUCGCCUCUCUCCUUGUGGAAUAUCGCCCUCGGCUCACCUCGGGGAUGGCUGCACCGACUUAAUCCUUGUGUCCGGGGGAUCAAGAUGUCGCAUUCUCAGCUAUCUCUUUAGAACUGCAUACAUGGGAAAUGCUGUGAGCUUAAACCAUGUGAACUUGCACCGUGUUCAAGAGGUUCACUUCACACCAAAAUUGACGGGACCCAAGUCUUCCUGGAACUGUGAUGGGGAGCAGCUGCUUGAACCUGCUCUCAGACUUAAAGUUCACUGUCAACGUCUGCGGUUGUUCUGCCGUGGAGUUGAGAUCGGGACGGAGGACUUCUCAAAGACCGCACCAAAUUCCAAGAGUGCUUCCUUAUAGAUAAAUUUUUAAAUAAGGUAAACUUUUAAACCAGUGAACAACUAAUGAGCUUAAAGAAUAUGUUCACAUUUUGGCUCUAUUUUUAGUACCCGGUAUAGUAACUACAGUGAUUAGUAACAUUUGAAUAAAAGGAAAUCUUAAACCCGUGAUUAUGUGUUAUAGAGUGUGAAGAGUGGACGAAUUGGAGUAAUACUGAUGGAAGAUUAAUGUAGAAUUUUCAUUAUGUUUAUGUGACCAAAUUUAGCCUUUUUUAGGUUUUAAAAAUCCACUCAUUCACUCUUCUUGACAAACUACCAACAUUCCACAUUGAAAUAUCAGCUGUGAUUCCAUAUCCACGCGAAGAGUUCCUUUCCAAAAUGGGAUUGACACUAUAAAACAACUUUGGCAACAACAGUUAUUUGCCUAUUUUUUGACCAUAGUGUAUGGGGUGUGUGGGUCAUUAGUGUACAUGGUGUAUUAGUGAAAAACAAUUCUCUCACAGGAUCAUUAAUAAUGUACAUCACAUUUUGGAAAUUAACUCGUUUUUAUAAUUCAUAAUAUUUGUUGAUAACUUGAAAUCUUACAAGACUCUUCAUCAACACUUGUAGAACAGUAAUGUGAUGCUCAGAGCUGUGUCAACUUUCUCUCAAAACUUUGAUAUUCAAGACAUAUUUUUAGCAGUGAUCUACUUAUAUUUUAUAUAACUUGUAGUUGGGUAUAUGUAUUGGCAUUUCAUGUUUCAUUAUGUAAUAAUAACAGAUUUGUACAUCACAUCUGAACCAACAGUAUAAGUGAGAAUGGUCUUUUAGAUUUGGUUAUAUUACUUUUAAGAUAUACUUGUAUUAACUGAUACAUUUACAGUACAUUGAUUUUAUAAUCUUUGCCAGUAAGUUGCAUCUAUUAAUACAGGAUAUAUGAUGUACUGUACAUAAUUACAAAAUUAAUAGUUAACAAUAACAAUUUUAAUUAAGUUAAAAUAAUUUAUAAAACAAAGAAUUUUGGAGUUUUUAAACUGUAUAUCAAAACUUUCUGGGUCAAAUCUUAUAUGGUUUCCUGGAGUUCAUUUAAUGAAAAGCAGAUAUUGAACCAUAUAUUUUUAUAUUGAAGUAAAAAAAAUGAGUUUUGACAAAAGUCAAUAUAAAACAAGAUAUCAAAUGGGUCCCAACACAACCUAACAUAAACUAGCCUAGACUUUAGGGUUGUGGCCCAAUCCUACUGUUCUAACAGGCCUUUGUCCUACUUGUUAGGUGGGAGCCUAUUAUGUCUCGUGUCUAUUUACUUAGUCUAAGUCUGGCAGAGAAAAAUUACAUGAUUACUGCUAAUUCAGUCUCAGUGAGAUAUAUUUUGUUUACUUUUAAUGUUACAAAGGUAAACACUGGCUGUAUGUUUGAACCAUCACAACCAUUUAAAAAAAAGUAAGUAUAUGCAGCACAAAUGGUUCAUAACAGCUGUGUGAGGUAAUGAAAUGUUGACAAUAAUGUAAAUCUUAUGUCUUAAAAAAUACUUGCAUAUAUUGUGAGGCACAAUUACCGUACCUUGUUGGGGAGUGGAAUAAUGACUUAAAAUUAGGAGGUGAAGGGUUCCAAUAGGUGCUAUAUAAAGGAAGUAUAUACCUUAAUAUUAUUCCCCAAAAGCUUAGCAAAGCAGAUGCAAUAUAUGUGUGUGUGAACUUGUCGCCACUAUACUCACUGUGCUGUGGUAAGGCUGUGAGUAUAAUCUAAUGAAUAAAGACUGAAAUAUAUACUGUACAGUACUGAAAUACAGAGACAAACAGGUCAUGGUCUCUACCACAGCUUGCAUUCUAAAACAUGAAUCUCAGGUCACUGUAAUUUUCAUGGAAGAAGAUUCCAUAGAUCUUAUAAUUCAAGAGUGUAGAAUUGACAUACAUAUUAACUUUUUCUUGAAUUUUACCAACUUCAUCUUGAAUAUUCAUAUCGAACUUAUUUCUGUAUUUCUUUUCGACAUUCCUAAUGUGUGUGUAUAAGAAUGGUCUCCGAAUGUAGUGAAUAUAUUUCAUAUUUUUGAUAUUCAGAACCUUGUAUAUUGUCCAUCAACUCUAGAAACAUUUGCAGGUUACUCUUCAUGUUUUUUUUAUAUAUAAAUUUUAGGGCUCUGCAGGUGGAUUUAAAAAUGCAUACAGGAGUAUUUUUUUAUGGCAGUUUCUGGUCAUAAUAUUCCAGGCUUCUCACUGUUGUAAAACUUGUAGUUGAAACCUGAGAUGAAAUUACUCUCCUCCCCGUCACUGUCCUCGUCACCCAAUACUAUAUCAGUGCCACUCAAAUCAAGGGUGUGGAGGAGUGAGGCGGGUCACAAGACAUUGAAGGACGUGCAUCCAUCCAUGAUAGCUGGUGGGUAACUGGACCACUGGACUUGAGACAAAGAUUAUAUGUGAUUUAAGUUGUCAAGUAAAUAUAUAUCCCAUACAAAGUACCUUGUCCUUCCUAGACACUCAAACUGUACCUCGAAUAUUAAGGACAUAGAAGACUGUCACCCAGGGUUGCCACGGUGGAUAUAAAGGAACGUCACCGGGGCUUUAAGGGUUAACCACUUGUACCUGAGGGAUCUGUUAACAGGUGUUUCAUUUGAUAAUUGCUUGUCAAUUGAAACCAAGAGGAUGGUAGCUGUUGUGCUCAAGAGAAUCAUAUUUGAAGAAUCAGUAAUUAAAUGCAUGUUUUCAUUCAUAACAACGAGCUCCCAACAGCUGUUUUCCAUUCUUUGUGAAUACUGUAUAGAGGAUCUAUCAAAAUGGCCAGAAGUGUGAAGGUUGUUAAUGACAACAGAACAUGGUGUAGCCUUGACACAAGACUGUAACACAAUAUAACCAGGAAUGAGGAACAAAAAAGCAAGAUUUGUAGGUCAGCGACCUGUGCCCGGGUGGGCUAAUCCCAGUGAACAAAAAAAAGUCAUUAAGAGCCACUACAAAAACUUCCCAGUGGUGGUGAGUGAGACAACUUUGGCUGAAGGUCUCCAAACUCUUACCAGGCUACAGUGAGGUGAGGGGGUGGACAUGACACUUCUCCCUCUCAGAUGUUUAUACUCACUCCAUGGGGUGAGAGUGACCAAGAAGCACAUGGUGACCACAAACCGAGUCAAUAAAUAAAAAAUUUGAUCCCACUGCACAAUCUAAAAUCUAUGAAAAUUUAAUAAAAAUCAAUAUAAAACUGUUUCUAUACAAAAGGAACAAUACUUCAGUUUUUUAGUUAAUAUAUUACUAAAUUGAGAAACACAUAAGCACAAUUUUACGUCUCUAAUUUCAAGCCCUUUCCGGCUUUAUGCAGGUUUGCUGGAAACGAGCAAAUUCACAUAUUUUCCCUAUAUUCAGUGUCAUUCAUUCUUUCUUAAAAAUGUAAAAGAUGUGUUUUGUGUGGUACUCCCCUUCUUCUACGAGGCCCUAAACCCUGUUCAUCUCUGUUGCUUUACAUGAGUGAGCAUCACUCAUAAGCAGCCAACUUCUUCCCAGAAAUAAUUUGGUGCCAUGGGUGUGGGUGUUCAUUCCUCUUACUUCUACUACCAUUCACCCCAUCUCUCCCUCUCUUUCAUCUUCUCAUUAUACUCCUACCAUUCUAUUCUUGAUUAUAAGCUUAUUAUACAGUCACCUGCACUUAUACCUGCUACAGCAACGGACACAUUUUGUGAGAUGUGGCAACUCUGUGAGGAAUACUUAUCUAGUAUCCUUAGUCUGGCUACUAUUGUGAUGUUUCUUGAGGCCAUUCCAGGCCAUACAGAGUGCCACAUCUCACAAAAUGCACCAGGUAUAAGUACAACUUACCUUGACUUUAGUAUUUCCCUACCUAUUCAGACCCUGAUUUGCUCUGUGUCCAUCAUUUCUUUCACUUCCAUAUCUCCUCAUUUCUGUAUUCCUUAUACUGUACUUUGAAUAUUGCUUACCACACAUGUUCAUCUCAAGUGUGUCGUUUUUGUUGCCCUUACCCUUAAAUGGUAGCCAUCAGUGGAAGUUAGCUGUAGGCUAAGGUGGCCAUCAUCAGUAGAAGUUAGCUGUAGGAUAGUAACCAUCAAAAGUGGAAGUUAGCUGUAGGCUAAGGUGGCCAUCAUCAGUGGAAGUUAGCUGUAGGCUAAGGUGGCCAUCAUCAGUAGAAGUUAGCUGUAGGGAUGGUGGCCAUCAUCUGAAGAAACUGGUGGGCCAUGUAGGGCAACACUGACAGUAGGAUCACAUUACCGAUGGGUCAAUUAUUUGACUGAUGCAUGUGAUACCUCUCCAUCGGUCAGAAUUUUUGAGCGAUGUAAGUGCAUUGGUGUGGAUCCUGUCCUGCAUACAACAGUUUUCCUGCACAUCUGAUUCUCUCUCUUCAUAUAAUUAUCCAUUCACCUGUUACUACUUCUACUCUGUGGUUCACUUCAUCUCUCGUCAUUUCUCCAGAUAUCAGAAACACUGCACUUUAUAUAUGUUUAUAUGUGUCCAUCACCCUUGAGGUUGUAUUUAUGUUUAUUUUAAUACAAAUAUUAAUAUUUUUAACAUAUAUUUGUACAGAAAAUACAGUAUAAAUGUUGUUUUAUUUAUAAUACUUAACUAAGCAUGUAUGAAAGAUAGAACUGGAAUAAGAUUCAUUAAUCCCUUGACCUGGAACCUAACUGAACCCUAACAUAACCCACCCCUAAAUACAUCCUAACUUAUGAUGACCUACUCCUAACAUAGCUUAGCUUAACCUAGCGUACUUGAUGUAGUCUGUCCAACUACAGUAUAUGGUCUUAUUCUGGUAAUAGGUCCUGGGGUUUGACCUGGCUUGACAUCGGUCCACUGGAUGUAAGAUCUCGUUUUAUUAUUUAUACACAGUACAGUAUGGUAAUUAUGUGAAGAAAUUACUUUUUGUGGGACUUUUAAUGCAAGAAAAUAAAAUAUUGUUGUAAAAUAUUUCCAAAGAUGAUUAUUAAAUUUGAAUAUUUGUUGUAUUUAACAUUCGUUUUUUUGUUGUUCUAAUAUGAAAGAAUUUUGUUAGAAUUUUUAUUUUGUUUUAAUAUGGCAUGUCUAUGUUAUGUAUGUAUACUGUAUUAUUUUAUGUAUAUUAUAAUGUUUAACACAUACAUUAAGAGUUCUCAUCAUAUGGUUAACAGUGUGUUGGUCAUGUGAUAUUCCGUCAUGUUGGUGUGAUGAGACAGAGGUUUUAGUGUUGCAAUAUUUAACAUUAAUUACACAUUGCAGGGAUUAUUUUUCAUGGUUUGUGUAAGAAGGAUGGAACAAUUGUUAGAGAAGUUCAUUUUCCUGAGACACGCAUGAUUGGAGUCAGCUGACGCGGCCAUCUUGGGGAGAGAGCACAGACUGCCCUCCCAUAAUGUAAUUUACCAAAGUUUAACAGUAUUUAUUUUAUUUUUUCAUAUGUUAGGUGGUAGGCUAAAUUAGAGUAGUUGUGUACUUUAGUAUAUCAUUAGUUAGGUAGGUUUUGUUCUUAUUUGUGAACCGAUUUGGUUUUUUGGGGUAUGAUAUUGGAGUAUUUUUGUCACUUUGGAGCCAAACCUUAUUUUUCCCAUAUUUUCUUUUAUUCACGAUACGUAAAAUCACCUUACGAAUGUUUUAAACCUAAACCCAUUUGUAUCUUGAGGGACGCCUGUACUGUGUAUCUAAUUACUAUUACAGUAUUUUGAACUAAAAUUUAAUAUGAAAUAAUUACAAAUAUCUUUACUUAAAAAAGAAGAGAGAAUCAUCACAAAACACUUAGACUAAUUGCUUCUUACGACUUUGCUGAACUGGAGCUCUCCUGCCACACGUCCGACCACUGUGCCCGAGUCGUUGUGUCGGUACUAGCUGUUCUAUUUGGGUUAAAGUGUCUCCCAUAUCUUUAUUAUGGGCCCUAAAUGCCCAACAAGUGAUGGUGCGACACCACGAAGAAAAAUUACAAAGAAUUGCAACAUGACACUGGAGCAAAGAAAGUCAUAGCAAAGUUGAGGCUAGUGAACGUGCGGUGGAUAUUGCAUGUAAUUUUUCUCUCCUAUAUACCGCAGUAAGAUCUGUAGUGAAAAAGGAAGAAGUGUUCAAAAUGGUACUUCCAUUGGUACAACUAAAGUUACACCCUUUCCUGCCACCGCUGGUAAUGUGGGAGCAGUCAGACGGUAACAACAACACAUGCACAUCAGUUCUGAGACCACCACUGAUAAGUGAUUUAUUUCUAACAUGUAUCUUUAUCAAUUAAAGUUAUUAGUAAAGUUACUGAACACACAGAGUAACAGUCUAAGGGAUGCAUGCCUUAGCAAUGCAUUUGAUCUGGGGCACUCCCUCACCUCCUUCCCUAGCAGUGGUGCUUUGUGCCUCACAUCCUCCGGCCUCUACACACUUGCCACAUGGCAGUAAAUGAGUACAAAAUAAAUGAAAAUAGAAAGUUACUGUACAUGCAUUAUAUCUACCCGAAACUACAAGUUGAAAAAUAACCAUAACAUAACAAGUGAAGAAAGGCGAGUUAUACCGUGGGUUUACUGUACAGUAAUACCUGUACAGUACUGUACAUUAAUGCAUUCUAUGAUACAUUAUUAUAAAAAUAAUAAGUAAUAUGAUGUGUUCAUAACAUAUCUUCCAUGUACAACUUGCCCUUAAAAUUCACGGGGGUUUGGGUCUCAAAAUGUAUGCAAAUAUCAUUUGCUGAAGCGGGAGGGGGCAUUUUUACUCGUGUGCCCCUAAGAUAAUUAUUUAUUUUAUAUUUACUGUAUAUGUGUGUGUGUGUAAACACAUACACACACACACAAAACACAUACAAAUAAAUAAUAAUGGGAAAAUCCUAUAGCAACUACCCCUCCCACACACAGGCUAGUUGUGAUCUUAUUGCACGGAAGAGCCACACUAUCUUUUUUUUUUUUUUUUUAGUAGAUUUUUCGGCAACCGGUUAAUUUUUUUUGUAUGAAACCAACUCCCCUGUAUAUAUUCUAUGUACAAUUGAUUGCGCUUUCACAUGAAACCAGAAAAAAUGAAAAACGACAAAAGAAAUAAUUUUGACAAUAUGAAGUCAAGCAUUACAGUUUUCAAUACUACAAUUAACUUGUAUUUUAGCUCAUAAACAACCAAGUAAGGACAAUAAGUGUUAGAUAACAAAAAAGCGGAAAUUUUGACGCUUUAUAAUAGUGCUGGUAAAUUAAAAAACCCAGGCUACACCCUUUAUCUAGAGUUUUUUCCAAAAUUGUACACUUUCUUCUUAGUUUUCUCUACUUUAUAUAUACAGUAUACCUGUAUAUGAAACACAAGAUAAAUAAAUAAAAAAUACUGAAAAUAAACAUUUGUGGGUAACUGAAGGUAAAUAAUAAUUAAUAUUUUGUUAAGUUGACCAAGGACAGCUGACAAAAUCAUGAGAUGCUUAUUUCCAGCAUCCUCCAAGUUCUAAUCAGACCCAACGUUGCUUAACUUCACAGAUCAGAGAAUAAGCGGUGUUUGCAAUGUGGUACUAUGUUACAGUCUAUAUUGUAUAGUAUAGGGGACCAGACCUAAUACAGGGUGUCUCAAAAAAAUAUACAGUAUACACAUUGCCUUCCAAACUUUUGUGGCGAUCGCAUUAAUAUUUGUACAGUACAGUACUGGGAUUUUUUUAUUAGAAAACCAUUAAUGAUUAUUAUAGGACAUGCAAUAAACAGGAACCUAAUAAUCAGUAGGAGUAAGGUCUGAUCAUUUCAAAGAACAAUUAUGUUGUUCACAUUGAUAUGAUCAUAUGUUUUAGGUUCCUGUUUAUUGCAUGUCCUAAAAUAUAGUAGACAUACUGUAUGCAGUAAUUAUUUAAGGUUCUUGAAUAAAAAAAAUUACACUGUAUUACAACAGGAACACUGUGCUCAUGUGUUGAUGUGUGAGGUCUCCCAGAUUGUUGCAGGAGACUUGGCACAUCAACAAGUGAGGACAGUGUUGCCGCUGUAAUAGAAGCGCAUUCACGUGAUUGCCAUAUGGAUGGUGUUGCACACUGUCCAUUGUGGUAAUGUAAAAAAAUAAAUAAAUUUACAACUGUAUUUAUAUGACUGUGAGGAAUGUUAACUCCAAAGUUCUGUACAGGCAUGAAAAUGAAGGGCACAGUACAGUAUAAGGCUUAGCCCCUUGUGUACAAGUCCCCUUCUGAGUUAAAUAAAAUUGCCUGGUGUAGCAUCCUACUACAAUAGUAUGAUUUGAAGUACAGUACGUUGUAUAAAGACUUGUAAUAAAUAACACUUCCCAAAUAGAAAACAUUGUAAUUUUCUUAAGAUGUUUGUCUUAAAAGAAAUGUAUGUUGUUGUAGGUAACAUUAGCACUACAUCGAGAGCUGAGUUGGUCACUUUCCCAUUCAUACUCUUAAGUUCUAGCUGAAAUUUAUGUAACUUAGAGAAAAAAAUAUAUAAAAUUUAUUGCCUUUGGCUUUAAGGUCAGUCAGUCAUACAUUAAUCCUUAAGUAUUGGUCAUCAUCAGUGGAUGUUUCGUGUUCCUUGUAUCCCAUUAUUUGCACGUGGUUGGAGUAAGGAGUCUUACCCACAAUAGACUGCAGUAGAUCAUGCAUUAAAAAAACUUGUAAAAAAUAGACUGUGGUAAUAUGUGUACAAUAGAAAUAAAACAAUAGAUUGUAGUAAGAUGUAUAGCCAAAAGAUUAUAAACAAUAGACUGAAGUAGGUGUUACAGUAUAAAACUCGUAAAGUAAUGCUAGACUGGAGUAGGUGUUUCCAAUCUCCAUGUUGUCUGUAUCUUGUAUUUGUUUUAAAGAUCAAUGGUGUGUUGCUUAGUGGUAAAUGGUGUAUAGUUUGUAUAUAGAGAGACUAGGUAUAUUUUCAGUACUAAAUAUAUGUUGCUUCUUAUUAUAAUAAACUGUUAUGAAAACCUGGUUAUGUGUGUUAACUUUUGGAUGGCUAAAAACAAAUAUUUAAAUAUAUAAUUUUUCACACUGUUGUAUUGUGUAUUGUUCAACAUAGCCUUGUAUUGUUAAGUACUGGUUAGUUUAUUUUUGGUAUGUAAACAUUAAGGUUUGUGUUUAAUGUACUAACUAACAUUCCAUUGGGUAAAAUGUAAUGUAAUACUUUGCUUGUUUUGUAACAUCUAUAAUCAUUUUCUGUGUAUGAAUAUAACAAAUGCACAAGAGUAAAUUAAUAACUACAAUAAACAAAGAUGUCAAACCUA